AUGGUUCGCUCCAAAGCUCCUGCAAAGAAACAGCAAAUUGAUUUCAAGGUUCUCUUGUUUAGGGUUUUAGCUCCGUCUCUUUUUCUAUACAUCAUUCAAGUGUUUGGUGAAUACUUGUUGGCUAUUAUAAUCCUUGAGCAAAGUGUGGCUGCAGAAAAGAAUGGCUUUGCUACAAGUAAUCAAGGCUUGACCUUGGAGGAGCUUCUUCACCGAACUUCUCAUCACAAUGCUAACGUUCGCAAACAUGCAUUACUUGGUAUCCAAGAAAUUUUCAAAAGUCAUCCUGAAGAGCUGCAGGGGUUCAUUAAUGUGGAUGCUCUUAGGGAUCGAAUUUGUGAUGGUGAUGAGCAAGUGAGAAAAGCUUUUUAUAAGCUAUUUAAAACUCAGAUUUUUCCUUCUUGUAAAGAAGAGGAUAAGCAGCACCUUACGGUGUCAUUUUUGAUUCUAUCCAUAUUUCUCGCUAUGGCUAAUACUUCCAUUGAUGUUCGUUUGAUGGCUUUCGAUGUUCUCCACCUUGUCGUGGAAUUCUACCCGCCUACGUUCUCUUUGUAUGCUGAAAAGGUAUUCUUUUUUAACUACAAGGAUAUCAUUAUUCAGAUAAACUAUUUGUAUGUGCAAGAUAAAAGCAAUCUAAAGUCAGCUCUUUCGGGGUUAACACAUUGUCUCUCGCUGCUGCCAUGUGAUGACAGUGACAAUCAAAAGGUCAUCUUACAGAAUCAACCCCUGCUCGCCUAUAAGCAAGAUGAUCCUGCUAUAGAACGUUUCGCCAAUGUAUCUGCAGGGAGCUUGAAAGAGAUUAAGGGAGCCUUAAUCAAUUGUUUCCCAGUGUUCAUUCCGUUGCUACAUGCUCCGCGAGGAUUGGAUUUGGAUGCCCACCCAUUAAUUGAUUGUGUAGACCAUAUCCUUCGCAGCAUCUGUUAUGCGUUCAAGUUUUCUAUCCAUAGGCACGCUCAAGGACAGACGGUAUCUGAAGAAGAAGUUGCUCUGAUGAAUAAGUUACUUGGUUAUUUUCCUCCUAGUCCCGGGAACAAUAUUUCUAAAAAGAAUGGUGAAAGCUACUUUAUCCUCAAUGGUGUAUUGACAGAAAUCUUUUGGAAGCAAAGCAUUAGUAAGCCUAUUCAGGAAAAGACCUUGCUUGCACUCCUGCCUUUUGUUCCAAAACUUACUGUGAGAGUGAACCGUGACUGGAGGGAUAAUCUAAUGCAGGCGUUUACUAUUACCUUAUGUGAUUGCAAAGCAGAGUCCCCACUUAAAUUAGCCUGCAUUUCAGUUGUUAGAGACCUGAUUAUCCCUAAUGGAGAUAUCAUUUACCCCAAUGAUCCAACUGCAAAUAACUACCAGCGUACUUGGGCCUAUAAACUUCCAUCAAUUCUUAGUCAGCUGGGUGAUAAGCAUCCCGUUUCUAGCCAGGUUGUUAUGCGACUUUUGCUCGACCUUGCGCGAUUUACAUUUCUGAAGAAUGCCUCCCCAACAUUUGAAGAAGACGUCAGAAACUUCAUCUACCCUUACCAGGGAGAAGCAUUUGCAAGUCUCCCUAGGGAAGCCCAAGAUCUCGCUAUCAGUUUCCUUCACUACUGGAUCAUGGACAAAUUCACCUACCCUCUGCUGAGAGCAAUAACUUCGUGCUGUAUAUGUGAGAGUAUCUCACAUUCCUUCCCAUUCUUGAUGACUCAACUUUGGCAGAAUGAUGACCAGAAAACCCGUAACCUUAUUAUUAUGGCUUUCUGUUUCAUUGCAGAGUCGCGUGAUGUGGUGCGGGGGACAUUAUUUAACGAAUUUACAAACCUUGUGUGCAAAUGUUUGUCAGAAAUGGGUGAUAGAUCUCUCCUCCUCCAGAUUAUAGAGAAAGUUUUGGUCGAAAAGAUAAUUUUGAAGCCUGCUUUGGACAAUGGGUGUGGCAUACUGAGGAUUAUCUGCAAGUUGGACUCAAAACCUACCAGACUUUCUGAAAGCAGUGUAACAACUUUAACUGAAUUCUUACCGGGAUAUUUGAUGGAUAUAGUCAAUUGUAUACCAGAAGAUAAGGAGAAUUCUUAUUUCCUUCACCGACAACCAUGCUUCUACUAUCUAUUACCUUACUUUUUCCUGUUUGAUUGGAGCUCCAAACUGACAGAAGCGGUACUGAAAAGAAUGCGAUUGCUGGUUAGUGAAGAGACACAAGCGAUGCUGGAAUCAUUGGUCCAACAAGACAGUGAGAGCAGUCGAAGUUCAUUGAAUGUGAUACAAUGCAUUGUCUCUGUGAUUCUGUUGAUGCACAACGACGUCAAAGUUAGGAAGAUAAUAUCAUCAUUCAAGUUAGAGAUCGAUUUGAUUCUGCACAACGUUAUCACGUUGCAGUCUUCGAGCUUGACUAUAGAAGAAAUUCAUAUGAUUAAAAUUGUAGGAGAGCGACUUAGGAUUGCAUCUAAUAGCUUAGUAAGUUCUGCAACUGUGACAAAAGAAUGA